AUGGAUGCACAUGCACUGGAGGACGUGGACAUCCUUGGGACCUCCGCUGCCGCAGCCGACACACUGCUGGCCUCACUGGCACACCCAGCAACUCAGCACUCACGUCUGAGCAGUCCUAUUAAGGAUCCGCUCUGCUCACCCCACAAUGGGGAAGGGGCUAGAAAAGGUGCCCUAAAAAUAGCCUGCCUCUCAAACCUGGCUGGAAUACCUCACCCAGUGGGUUCACCUCAUAGCGGUCGAAAACAAAAAACAAACAUUGGAGCCUGGAAUGUGAGGACUCUUAUGGACAGGGCCCCCAACGAUCGCCCCGAAAGAAGAUCUGCAAUAAUUGCUAGGGAGCUGAAAAGGGUUAACAUCGACAUUGCUGCGCUAUCUGAAACCCGCCUGGCCGAUGAGGGGCAACUGAAGGAGGAGAAAGGUGGAUACACCUUAUUCUGGAAGAGAAAGCCAGCUGAUGAAGCCAGAAUCCACAGAGUGGGAUUCGCCAUCAAGAACCGCCUCAUCUCCCAACUCACUGAAUCUCCAGUAGGCAUCAAUGAACGUCUCAUGACACUGCGCCUGAGGCUCUCAAACAACCAGAUGACCACUGCUGUGAGUGCCUACGCACCAACCUUGGACUCACAGGACGAAGACAAGGAGGCCUUCUAUGCAUCCCUUGACCAGGUCCUAUCGAACAUCCUGAAGGAAGACAAAAUCCUCCUACUCAGGGAUUUCAAUGCCAGGGUUGGCAAGGAUCACAAGCUCUGGAAAGGCACCCUAGGCAAAGAGGGUGUUGGAAAUACCAACUCCAAUGGAACCCUCCUACUGUCAAAGUGUGCUGAACGUGAGCUGGUCGUAACAAACACCCUUUUCUGCCAGAGAAACAGGUUCAAAACCUCCUGGAUGCACCCUCGAUCAAAGUGCUGGCAUCUCAUUGACUAUGUGAUUGUCAGGGCUAGAGAUCGCAAGGAUGUUAACAUCACCAGGGCCAUGACCUGUGCGAAUGAUUGUUGGACAGACCAUCACCUUAUCCACUCCACAAUGAACAUCCAGCUACAUCAGAAAAGGAGGACCCAAAGGAAGCAAACACGUUCUAAAUUCAACAUCGACAGCUUGGGCGAUACAGAAAGAGUGCAACAACUUCAGAAGACCCUACUUGAACGACUCCCUGAAGAAUAUCCUGAGGACGUGGAAGAACACUGGAAGACCCUUAAGACCAUCUUGCUCGAGACCUGCAUGGACACCCUUGGCUACAAGACCAGGAAACAUCAAGACUGGUUUGACAACAAUGACACCAAAAUAGAACAGCUAAUUGAUGCCAAAAGGAAAGCCUUUUGUUCUUGGCAGAAUGACAUCAAUUGUAAGGCUAAAAGACAGGCCCACUCCAAGGCAAAGGUACUUGUCCAGCGCAGGGUGCGAGAGUUAAAGAACCAGUGGUGGACAGAGAAGGCCUUGGAGAUCCAGAGGCUUGCUGACUCAGGUGACACCAGGGGCUUCUUCAAUGCCACCAAAGCUGUGUAUAGUCCAAGUUAUCGAGGCCUCAAUCCCCUCCGCUCCAAAGAUGGUGAGGUCUUGGGUGCCAUCAGGAGAUUGAGUAACAACAAGGCCUCUGGACCAGAUGGGAUUCCAGCACAAAUCCUCAAGCAAGGUGGGCCCAAACUCCUCAGUCACAACCACAGCCUCCUUUCUAAGAUCUGGGAGGAGGAGAAAAUCCCUGCCGAACUCAGGGACGCCCUGAUUGUCACCAUAUUCAAGAAGGGAGAUAAAGCAGACUGUGGCAACUACAGGGGCAUCUCCCUCCUGUCCACCACAGGCAAAGUACUGGCCCGUAUUUUGGCCAACCGACUACUGCCACUGUCAGAAGUGAUCCUCCCAGAGUCACAGUGUGGCUUCCGCCCCGCCAGAGGAACCUCUGACAUGAUUUUCACAGCUCGCCAGCUGCAGGAGAAAUGUCGAGAGCAACACCUACCCCUGUACAUGGCGUUCAUCGAUCUUACAAAGGCCUUUGAUUCCAUGAACAGACCUGCCCUCUGGUGUAUUCUAUCCAAGAUCGGAUGCCGAGAGAAGUAUCUGAAGAUCUUGCGCCUACUACAUGAUGACAUGACCGCAACCAUAGUUGGAAAUGGUGGCUGUGAAACAGCCCCUUUCAAAGUGCACACUGGUGUCAAGCAGGGCUGCAUCAUUGCACCAACCCUCUUCUCCAUCUUCAUCGCCACCAUCCUCCACCUCACCAGCCAAAACCUACCUGAGGGUCUCAAGUUCAUAUAUAGGACAGACAGCGGGCUCUUCAACAUCAACAUGUUCAGGGCAAAAAGCAAGGUGCUCACAUCCUCCAUCAUGGAGCUCCAAUAUGCUGACGAUAACGCCCUAGUGGCUCUUUCUGAAGCGGACCUCCAAAGCAUCAUGGACGCCUUUGCCAGAGCCUACCAACUCCUGGGACUUGAUAUUAACAUCAGGAAAACUCAGAUACUGUACCAACCAGCCCCUGACACACCCUCCAAGGCCCCAGCAAUCCAUGUGGACAACAACACCCUGGAAAAUGUGGACCGAUUCAUGUAUCUUGGCAGUCUUCUAUCCACAAGAGCUGACAUUGAUGCAGAAAUCCACCACCGCAUAGGGUGUGCCAGUGCAGCUUUUGCUAGGCUGAGAGACAGGGUCUUUGACAACCGCGAAAUCCUGACCAAAACCGAACUCCUGGUCUAUCAAGCCGUCAUUCUUCCCACCUUGCUCUAUGGAGCUGAUAGCUGGACUACCUACAGUAGACAUCUGAAAGCCCUGGAGCAGUAUCACCAGCUAUGCCUACGCAAGAUUCUUAGGAUCAGCUGGGAAGAUAGACGGACUAAUAUCAGUGUCUUAAAGGAAGCUAACAUCGCCAGGAUCACCUCAACUAUCGCUAGGCACCAGCUACAAUGGACAGGUCAUGUAGUACGCAUGCCCAAUUACCGCCUUCCAAAACAGAUUCUGUAUGGCCAACUAAAGGAAGGAAAGUGUACCCAAGGAGGGCAGAAGAAGCGGUACAAAGACAUGAUCAAAGUACACCUCAGAAAGUGUCACUUCAAUCUCAAUAACUGGGAGGAGGCUGCCCUCAAAAGAGAUGAGUGGAGAAGGAUGGUCCAUGAGGGUACAGCACACCUGGAAGAGGACCUCCACCGUGCCGCAGAAACUAAAAGGCAACUGAGGAAGGAGAGAACCACCACCAAAACUGCUCCCCAAACCCAAACCACCACCUCCAGGACAACAAUCUACAUAUGCCCCCACUGCAAUAGAGACUGUGGAUCGAGGAUUGGCCUCAACCGCCACCUGACGACCCACAAGUGA